AUGGACUCACCAGGGGCUCCUCCAAGCCUUUUCCGUAGGAAGAAGGAGAACAAGCGCGGUAUCACUUACACGAUGCUACUAUGCGGACCUUCAGGUACUGGUAAGACUACUUUUGCUAAUAAUCUGUUGGAAUCAAAUCUGUUUCCUCAUAAAUACAAUCAGUUGGACUCCUACGAAGUCUCAGGAAAGAUUAGAAUCGUUUCUCCAACAAAAGUGGUUUCCUUCAACUCGAAAAACGGUAUUCCUUCCUACAUGUCUUCAUUUGAUCCAGCUCGUGCCGAGUUGGAACCAGGUGUUACUAUUACUUCUACUUCUGUCGAGAUUGGGAUGGAGGAAACUGGUGCUAGGGAAUCGCGUGAGUCCCAGCAGGAAGAUGAAACUAUACUGUUUAAUCUGAUCAGUGCACAUGGGAUUGGUGAAAAUUUGGACGAUUCAUUGUGUUUUGAUGAAAUUACAUUGUAUCUUGAACAACAAUUCGAUAUCGUGCUCGCCGAAGAAACUAGGAUUAGAAGAAACCCACGAUUCGAAGACACAAGAGUUCAUAUUGCGUUGUAUUUCAUCGAACCCACAGGACAUGGGCUCAGGCAAGUCGAUAUUGAGCUUAUGAAACGAAUGUCUCGUUAUACCAAUGUUUUGCCUAUUAUAUCCAAGGCAGAUUCUUUCACUAAAGAGGAAUUGGCUCAAUUUAGAAAGAAUAUCAUGGACGAUAUUGAGAGGUUCCACGUACCAGUAUUCAAAUUCGACGUGGACCCUGAAGAUGAUGAUUUAGAGACGAUAGAAGAAAAUCAGGCCUUAGCCAACUUGCAACCGUUUGCUGUUGUUUGUUCAGAUCUCAAAAAUGAACGGGGCCAAUAUGUGAGACAUUAUCCAUGGGGUACCGUCGAUAUCAAUGACGAAAAGGCUUCCGAUCUACACGUUUUGAAGAACGUCUUGUUUGGAUCGCAUUUACAAGAGUUUAAAGAUACUACGCAAAACCUACUAUAUGAAAACUACCGUGCUGAGAAAUUAUCCACCGUUUCGGAGACAGAAGCCAUCGAAAAGGAUUUGGCCGCAAAUAGUAGGCAGUCCAAUGCACCAAGUUUGAGUAACUUUGCAUCCUUGGUCAACACUGGACACUUCAAAUCUUCACAAUCAUUGGCACUCUCCUCUGAACUGCCAGCUACACCAAAGAUCAGAUCUCCAGAUCUUGCGGACGAUAACGAAUCUCCAAUAAGGCAGAUGUCGCAAUCUAUAAAGGAUGAAAAUGAAGAGAUAAUCAGAACGAUUAAGCAAGAAUCACCAAGAUUGAGCUCCACGGAUAAUCCAGAGAGAAAUAAAUUGAGAAAUAUUUCUGAAACUGUUCCUUACGUGUUGAGACACGAGCGAAUCAUCGCAAGACAACAAAAGUUAGAGAAACUAGAGGCUCAAUCAGCAAAGGAAUUGCAGGCACGCAUCCAGGAACUUGAGAAGAAGGCUCAUGAUUUGAAGUUGAGGGAGAAAUUGCUACGGGAGAAAAAGAUUAACGGAUCAUCGACUUCAUUGGCAUCUUCUCAAAGUGGUGCACAAGUUCAAAGUCAAUUGAAAAAGAAGAUACAUACACGGAUCUCGCAUCCAUUGCAUCUAAUAGGAACUAAACGUACGACAAUCUCUAGAUAUUACAACAUACAAAUUUAUAUUAUAUACACUAUUCUAUGUUGA